CGCCCUUCUGCUGCACGUCCAAAGCUAACGGAUUCUUCUGUCACGCUGCAUGCUAAAGCUGCCACUCUCUCAGUCUCUCUCUGCUCCCCUCCCUUCCAGUCUCUCUCCGCUGCGACACGAGCUCCGUUUUCAUCAUAUACUGCCAGUGCUCUGCCGCGCCGGCCGUCUUGCACGCAGUCACGCAAGCACAUGUACGAGAGCUGAGGCUGAUCAAUCAGCUGCCCGCGCGCGCGCCAUGGCAAGAGCCUUCCACGCAGCGUCCCCGGCGCCGGCCGCCGUGCCGGCGUCGCCGCUCCCGUCCUCCAAGAACACCACCACCGGCCUCGCCAACCUGCAGUGGCUGCUCAGGAAGCGCCCCAACAAGGUGCAGCACGGCCGGCCCGUCGAGAAUCAUCAAGAGGCCGACGACGAUGACGAGUGCGCCUCCAUGUUCGCCGGCGCCACGCCCUACAUCGCGCCCGGCGCGGGCCCGGACGACGCGACGCCGCCGUGCAAGGCGACGAGGCGCGGCGGCGGCGAGGCGCUGUCGCGGCUCCGGUCGGCGAUCCUGGCCGUUCUGGCGCGCGCGCGGCGCGGGCGUGGGGCCGGCGGGCGCCGGGCCAUGGGCUCCUCCGUCACCGGCACUAUCUUCGGCCGCCGCCGCGGGCGUGUCCACCUGGCGCUGCAGACCGACCCGCGCGCCCCGCCGGCGCUCCUGUUGGAGCUCGCCGCCUACUCCACCGGCGCGCUCGUCAGGGAGAUGGCGUCCGGCCUCGUUCGCCUCGCGCUCGAGUGCGAGAAGGCACGGCCUCCACAUCAGCAAACAACAGGUGACCACCACCAGAGGCGGCCAGCGAGGCAGGGGGUGCUGCUGGAGGAGGCGACGUGGCGCGCGUACUGCAACGGCCGCAAGUGCGGGUACGCCGUGCGGCGGGAGUGCGGCGCGGACGAGUGGCGGGUGCUGCGCGCCGUGGAACCCGUCUCCGUCGGCGCCGGCGUGCUCCCGGACGGCGAGAGCAGCGCGGCUCUCGCGGGCACGGGCGCCGGCGGCGAGGGCGACCUGAUGUACAUGAGGGCCAAGUUUGAGCGGGUGGUGGGGUCCAGGGACUCGGAGGCGUUCUACAUGGUGAACCCCGACGGCGGCGGCGGGCCCGAGCUCAGCAUCUACCUCCUCAGGGUCUAGACGGCAAAGACGUUGCUUCUUAAUUUGUUUGCAUGUUUGCAAAGACCUUGUGUUAGUUAUUAUGAAUAUGGGGUUGUGACUUGUGCAUGUUUGGUUGUGUUUGGCUUUGUGCAAUAUCUGUGGUUAAUUUGAUCAUUUACCACUGACUCUACUUACAUUAUUACUCACAUAUUCGAUUAACUUCGGCUUUUGUGUUGGAUUAAUCCGUAGCGAACCAUUAAGGAGUUAAUGACAGUAGGUUACACUUUGUUGUACAAUGUAAUGUUGUUAAAUGUAAGAUAUACAUUGCCU